AUGAAAGUAUUUUUUUUCUUGCUUUUUUUAUGUAUUUUUUGCAAAAAUAUAAUUUCUGAAAUAAAAGAGUUAAGCUAUCAUGAAUUUCAAAAAAUGUUAACAUCAGGAAAAAAUAAUCAAAAGAAAAAAUAUACGUUAGAUAGUACAUUAAAUAUUAAAAAUUUAAAAUAUCACAAAGAUUAUUUAUAUGUAAACACAAAGAACGAUUUCGUUCUUUAUGUAUAUGCCAAAUGGGAUGCUGACUCAAAUAAUUUGAUAACUGUUUUCAGAGAAGUAGCAAGAAUAUUAACGGAAAACGAAAUAAAAUUAGAUUUUUAUAUUUUUAACAUUGAUAAUUCUAAGGAUUUGUGUAAUUUCUUAAACAUUUGUUCUUUGCCCGUAAUGCUGUAUGUCUCGUCAGUUCAUAAAAAAAAAUAUAACUCCUUACUUUUCAAAGUUCUGAACUCAAAUAAGGACGUGAAAAUAAGUAACGCCUUCAGAUAUAAUGGCGACAUGUAUUGCUACGAUUACAUAGUGGAAUGGGUAGAGGCACAUUACUAUUUUACAAAAGCCGUUUUACUAAUAAAAAAAAUGUUCUACUGGAAAAAUAAAAAAAAAUGA